AUGGAUGGUACUCGCAGCGAUAAGAACCCAAUUUUGCUGCCCUGCUGUUACGAUGGUUUGACAGCUCGCAUGGUGGCCCGUGCUGGUUUUGAAGCUACUUUCAUGGCGGGAUUUGGUGUUUCGGCCGUCAAUGGGUAUCCCGACACCCAGUUGGUCUCGUAUGGAGAAAUGCAACAAUCCGCGCUUCGUGUCGCCGAAGGAUUGGCCAGUGCGGCCCUCGAACUUUCUAGCGAACCCAUUCCGUGUAUUGCCGAUGGCGACACGGGCUACGGCAAUGCCGUCAAUGUCAAACGGACGCUCUGGGGCUAUGCCCGGGCCGGCAUGGCGGGAAUGAUGAUUGAAGAUCAAGUGGCACCCAAACGAUGUGGUCAUGUGGCAGGAAAAUCCACCGUGUCGCGACCAGAAGCCAUUCAACGGGUCCGAGCGGCUUGUAAUGCCCGCGAUGAAUACAGCGCUCAAUAUGGAGCAACAGCAGGUCCCUUGAUAUUGGCACGGACCGAUGCCGCCAGCACGGACAGUUUCCAAGAAGCCAUUGAUCGAUGUUUGGCUUUUUUGGAUGCCGGUGCCGACAUGACCUUUUUGGAAGCUCCCACUUCCGUGCAGGAAAUGCAAGAGUACUGUCGAUUGGUACCCGGUCCCAAAUUGGCCAACAUGUUGGAACAGGGUUCCACACCCAUCUUGCCACCGGCACAACUCAAGGAAAUGGGAUAUACCAUGGCGGCGUAUCCAUUGACAUUACUGUCGGCAUCCGUGCAGGCCAUGCAAGAAUCACUGGAUCGCAUCCAACAGGGAACACCCACAGAUGAUAUCAUUGCGACGUUUGCACACACCAAGGAUGUGGUGGGAUUCACGCAAUAUGCCAAAGAAGAAGACCGGUAUAAAUAA